AUGGCGCUCGCCACCAACUCCGCGGCAACCGCCGCCGCGGCGGCGGCCGUAUCCGGCGGCGCGGCAUCCCAGCCGCGCCGCGCGGCCGCGUUCGUCCCGCUGAAGAGGCGCACCAUCUCCGCCAUCCACGCCGCCGACCCGUCGAAGAACAACGGGUCCGCCGUCCCCGCCGCCGCCGCCUCCUCCAAGGCCUCGUCCUUUGCGGUGGCGACGCCGGAGAAGAAGCCGGCGGCGCAAGGGAAGUGGACGGUAGACAGCUGGAAGUCGAAGAAGGCGCUGCAGCUCCCCGAGUACCCGAGCCAGGAGGAGCUGGACUCCGUGCUCAAGACGAUCGAGACGUUCCCGCCGGUGGUGUUCGCCGGGGAGGCGCGCCACCUCGAGGAGCGCCUCGCCGAGGCCGCCAUGGGCCGCGCCUUCGUCCUCCAGGGUGGAGAUUGCGCUGAGAGCUUCAAGGAGUUCCACGCCAACAACAUCCGUGACACCUUCCGCAUCCUGCUCCAGAUGGGCGCUGUCCUCAUGUUCGGCGGUCAGGUCCCGGUCGUCAAGGUGGGGAGGAUGGCUGGCCAGUUCGCCAAGCCAAGGUCCGAGGCAUUCGAGGAGAGGGACGGCGUUAAGCUGCCGAGCUACAGGGGCGACAACGUGAACGGAGACGAUUUCACCGAGAAGAGCCGCGUGCCGGACCCGCAGAGGAUGAUCCGCGCCUACGCGCAGUCGGUGGCCACGCUCAACCUUCUCCGCGCGUUCGCGACUGGAGGCUACGCUGCUAUGCAGCGCGUCACACAGUGGAAUCUCGAUUUCAUGGAUCACAGCGAGCAAGGUGAUAGGUACCGUGAAUUGGCCCAUAGGGUGGAUGAGGCUCUUGGAUUCAUGACUGCAGCGGGGCUUACAGUUGACCACCCGAUAAUGACGACUACUGACUUCUGGACCUCGCACGAGUGCCUUCUCUUACCAUACGAGCAGGCUCUUACCCGUGAGGACUCCACCAGUGGCCUUUUCUAUGAUUGUUCGGCCCACAUGCUGUGGGUUGGGGAGCGCACUCGCCAACUUGAUGGGGCUCAUGUUGAAUUCCUCAGAGGUGUUGCCAACCCUCUUGGCAUAAAGGUGAGUGACAAAAUGAACCCCAGUGACUUGGUGAAGCUGAUUGAGAUUUUGAACCCUUCAAACAAGCCUGGAAGAAUCACCAUAAUUACAAGGAUGGGGGCAGAGAACAUGAGAGUGAAGUUGCCUCAUCUUAUCCGUGCUGUCCGCAAUGCUGGACUGAUUGUCACAUGGAUUACUGAUCCUAUGCAUGGAAACACAAUCAAGGCCCCUUGUGGUUUGAAGACUCGUCCAUUCGACUCCAUUCUUGCUGAAGUACGUGCAUUCUUCGAUGUGCAUGACCAAGAAGGGAGCCACCCAGGAGGUAUCCACCUGGAGAUGACUGGGCAGAACGUGACUGAGUGCAUUGGUGGAUCACGGACCGUGACCUUCGAUGACCUGAGCGACCGCUACCACACCCACUGUGACCCAAGGCUGAACGCCUCCCAGUCCCUUGAGCUUGCCUUCAUCAUUGCCGAGAGGCUCAGGAAGAGGAGGAUGCGGUCAGGGCUCAACAACAGCCUGCCGCUGCCACUGGCUUUCUAAAGUGCCGAAACCAAACAGAGAGGGUAGAAUAGUUGCGACAACUUGAAAGCAGUGACCGAUGCCUAUUCAUUCGUUGGUGCUUGGUAUGGUGGGUGCUCUUGGCACAAGUUACAUGCUCUUGAGCUAUAGGAGGCACUUGUGGAGCUGUGGAAGACAGUAGCUAGCAUUAUGUGUUGUAAUAGUACUAUGUUUUUGUUUGAUGUUUUGGGUGUGCGACUUGCCGACUUAGCUGUUUCUGGGGUUUUGACCUUGGUAAGGAGAAAAUAAAAGAGAUAAUGGGAUUGCAAUGCCUAGUGAACUGGUACUCAAUAAAUUGAUCCCUUGAUGGUUCUGUUUGGUUA